GGAGGAGCAGAGUAGGAAUUGCAAAACCUAAAACCCUAAUAUUUUGAAUCAAAGUGUGAUGGGUCGGCGAAAGAACAACAAUCAGAGUUCGACAAGUAACGAGGAGGAGGGUAACAUGAAAAACCACCUUCGGUUCCAGGAUGCCGACGAGGUCAUCGAGGAUGCCGCCGAGAGCUCCAACCUCGACCACUCCAUGUGUGACCCCGACUCUUCUGUCUUUCUCGAAGAUUCCGAUGAUAAAACCAGCGCCGACUACUACUUUGAUUCCUACUCUCAUUUCGGAAUUCACGAAGAAAUGUUGAAGGACACUGUAAGAACUAAGACUUAUCAAAAUGUUAUUUAUCAGAAUAAGUUUUUAUUCAAGAAUAAAAUAGUUCUUGAUGUGGGCGCUGGGACUGGGAUUUUAUCACUAUUUUGUGCUAAAGCGGGGGCAGAACAUGUCUAUGCAGUUGAGUGCUCCCAUAUGGCUGACAUGGCAAAGGAGAUAGUUGAAGCUAAUGGUUACUCUAAAGUUGUGACGGUUUUGAAGGGGAAGAUUGAAGAAAUUGAACUUCCAGUUGCUAAAGUCGAUAUAAUCAUUUCUGAAUGGAUGGGAUAUUUCUUGUUGUUUGAGAAUAUGUUGAAUUCUGUACUCUAUGCACGUGACAAAUGGCUUGUGGAUGAUGGAAUUGUCCUACCAGAUAAAGCAUCCCUCCAUCUCACUGCCAUUGAAGAUGCAGAUUACAAAGAAGAUAAAAUUGAGUUUUGGAACAAUGUCUAUGGAUUUGACAUGAGCUGCAUCAAGAAGCAAGCCAUAAUGGAGCCUCUCGUUGACACAGUUGAUCAGAAUCAGAUAGCUACAAAUUGCCAGCUACUCAAGACAAUGGAUAUCUCAAAGAUGGCUCCUGGAGAUGCUUCAUUCACAGCACCUUUUAAGCUUGUAGCUGAACGUGAUGAUUUUAUUCAUGCUCUUGUUGCAUAUUUUGAUGUAUCAUUUACAAAGUGCCAUAAAUUGAUGGGCUUCUCUACAGGGCCAAGAUCACGAGCUACACAUUGGAAACAAACAGUCCUAUAUCUGGAAGAUGUCUUGACCGUUUGUGUGGGGGAGGCAAUAGUAGGGAGCUUGACUGUGGCUCCAAACAAAAAAAAUCCUCGUGAUGUUGAUAUAAUGCUCAAGUAUUCAUUCAACGGCAGGCGAUGCAAUGCUUCAAGGGUUCAAUAUUACAAGAUGCGUUGAGCCUAGUUUAUUGGGUAUAUUUUCCAAUGCUCCCCAUAUUUGUGAGAUUUUGACACAAUUGAUGCUUCCAUAUUUAUUUAAAUGAGGCUGCCGUUUAAGGACUGUAACUUGUUUGCUAUUUUUGUUUGAAUUCGUUCUCAUUUGCUCAAUUCUGUAUUGGAAUGUAAUGAUUAAAUUUGA